CUCGCGCGGCCAACGGCUGUUCAUGAUCCGAUGUACAAACUGUUCGCUGAAAAAUUCGCUUCGGUACCGGGAUUAUUCGGUAGAUUCGGAUCGGUUUGUCGAUAUCACGGUAUUAAACAGGGCUGAGCUGUGUUGAAGACUCCUGUUCAUCACAGACAUGAACCUUCUGACUGACUGAGUGUGACCUCAGCAGAGGAACCUUUCUGUUACCCCGGAUGAUGAUGCAAAAGCAGCCAGUCCGUACCCAUCCUGGAAGUGUGUGUUCCUUGCGAGGGGGAACCAUGCCUGGAGCACCAGCAGUUACUAUAGUGGCUAAGAUGGAUAAUCAGGUGAUCGGCUAUAAGGACUUGGCCGCUAUACCUAAGGACAAGGCCAUACUGGAGGUGGAGCGUCCAGACCUGAUGAUGUACGAGCCACAUUUCAACUACAGUCUACUGGAACACUCGGAGAGGUCUCUCUCACCCCACUCUCUCUCACCUCCUCUCUCUCCUGAGAGCUCGGUCGUGUCGAAGGAAUGGAGGGAGAGUUUGGAGCCCAAGUCUUCAGGCAGCUCCUCUCCAGCGUCCACUCUGCUGGCUGUGAGCAGGACGAGCAGUGUGAGCAAAAGCUCGUCCCAUCAGCAGCACUUCCACCGACCAGAUAUCGGCACCAACAUUUACAAGAAGCCGCCGAUCUAUAAACAAGACCUGUCGGCUCAUAUUCCUCAGUCUAAGCACAUUGAGGACCUGAUUAUUGAAUCGUCCCGUUUUCCGGCUGCUCAGGCGCCCGACCCCACACAGCCAUCGAAAAUCGAGACGGAGUCCUGGCCCUGCCCCCCCUCCCUCGCUGUUUUGGAGACGGAGUGGAAGAUGAAGGCUGUUUCUCAGAAGGAAGUAGUUGAGGAGGAGGAGGAGGAGGAGGAGGAUGGGUAUGAUGAAAGUGAUCGUCUGUGGAGACUCAGACAGAUGCAGAAACAGGAACUCAACAAGAUCCAGUCUAAUCUGGGGAAGCUGAUCCUGAAGGAGGAGAUGGAGACGGCAGCCCCGGCGCGCAGGAAAACCCGCUCGCUGCCAGACCGCAGCCCCGCCCACCUCGGACCCAAAUCUCCGUCUUUCCCAUCAUGCAGCAGGAGCGGCCUGACCAGGCUCCGGUCUGCAGAGUUUUCUUCCUCACACGGAGAGAAGUCGAGUCAAAAUUUACAGAACGGCAGUGCUGAGGGUCGGAGGAUGGACAGAGGACGCUCACUGCCCACCGUGCUGGAGCAGAAGAUUUACCCCUAUGAGGUGCUCAUGGUGACUCAGGGCAGACAUAAGCUCCCACCCGGAGUGGACCGGACCAGGCUGGAGAAGCAUCUGUCUCCAGAGGAGUUUCAGACUCUGUUCGAGAUGAGCAUGCAGGAGUUCGAUCAGCUCUCGCUGUGGAAGAGGAAUGAUCUGAAGAAGAAGGCGUCGCUCUUCUAGCACUACAGGCAACCAGAGUUUGUUUAUAGAGGUCUUGUGUGAGUGCGCCGCUGCUGCUUGAAGGAGAACCGAGAGACGAUGGAAGAUGAUCGUGAAAAUCCACCAGCAAGAGACUGAGGGACGAACGCUUGAGUGACCUGAGGAAUCGAGGUGUAACGUCACAAACGCUUGAUGUCAUGAUGUCUGUAGUUACAGUUACUCUAUCAGGAGUGAAAGUGCCUGCUCUACGAUGAUGAUGAUGAUGAUGAUGAUGAUUAGAUUUUAUUAGAUGCUACAGUAGUUUAAAAUCACUUCACUGCCACUUUUGGAAGCCAUGAUGAGCUCUAGUAAUAAAUAAAUGGAUAUAAAUCACUAAUUAAAUGCUUAAUCUGCCAGCUCUGGGUAUGCGCCCAUAAUUAGCUCUACAGUACAUCACGAUAUUUCUUUAUUCGUUCAUUUUUAGUACCUGAAUCACCCUAAUCAGGGUCCAAGUGGGUCUGGUGGCUCCUGAAAGACUCACUUACUGGUAUCACGUGCUGCCAUUUGUUCCAGAGACUCGACUGGUUUAUGAACAGUCCCAGUAUUACACAGUUACUUACAGUACUGUGACAGUAUAUACUGUCUAAGCAUUUGAGGGUUAAGGGCCUUGCUCAAGGGCCCGCCAGUGGCAACCUGGCAGCAAUGAGGCUCCAACCAGUGACGUUUUGAUUACUGGUUCAGUACCUUAACCACUAGGCUACAACUGCCGUGCAGUAUUACUGCAGGAUUGAUAACUAAAGAAACACACAAAACUUAGUCAUGUUCAUGUUAUCAAUCACCUUCAGGAGAGUCUCAGAGGGGCAAUUGGGACCUUGUGGGGAAUUUUUUUGUACAUUUUUGGUACUUAAAGUACUUAAAAUGAGGAUUAGGGGCCCAAGAGUGGGCUUUUGGUAGUGGUGGUGGGCAUUUUGAUGACUAGUCUAGUACUCUAACCACUGACCUACCAAAAUCCAACUGUACAAAAAAGCAAGCACAGCUAAUCAGUGAUGUUUAAACACCUACUGCAUUAAAAUGCCGGGGCAGCACGGAGGCUAAGUGGGUAGCACCGUCACCUCACAGCAAGAAGGUCCUGUGUUCGAUCCCCAGGUGGGGCUGUCCGGGUCCUUUCUGUGGGGCGUUUGCAUGUUCUCCCCGUGUCCGCGUGGGUUUCCUCUGGGCGCUCUGGUUUCCUCCCACUGUCCAAAGACGUCCAAGUGAGGUGAACUGGAGACACUAAAUUGUCCAUGACUGUGUUCGAUAUAACCUUGUGAACUGAUGAACCUUGUGUAAUGAGUAACUACCGUUCCUGUCAUGAUGUAACCACAGUGUAAAACAUGACGUUAAAAUCCUAAUAAACAAACAAACAAGCAUUAAAAUGCUUAAAUUAAAUUCCUUAAGUCUUCAACUAAAAACCUAAAUCUAAUGUUUCAGAAAUAGACUUACCGUUUCAUUUAGUUCUCUCAGAGAUGUUUCAAUGCACGAUAAUCUUUCCUCGUGGGUAACAGCACAUCGAUUCGCAUCAAACCAAAUCCCAGUGUUUAUAUUUUCCUGAUCACAGCUGCCAGCACGUUUCAUCCCCUUUCAUUAAGAUUGCUGAUUGUUUUUAGCCGUAAUGGUUAUGACCGGCCACGUUGUUCACACAGACGGAUUUCCUGUUUGCGUCCGGACUCCAUCCUGUAUGCUAGACAGUGUGGGAUUGUACUUUUGCUGGUGCACUAAUUAGACGUGCUGUCGAGUACACUGAGCCCCGGGCUUAUAGAAUUCAAACCGUUUUUAUUCCUGCUCUAAUUCAACUUGAUUCCAAAUCAGCUUAUCACAAGUUUCUCUAGAUCUUGUAUCCCAGUAGAGACGUCGCAAGACCUGCUGUACUAGUACGAUGGGUCUGUCAUCAUAAAAUCUACUUCUUUCUUUCUUUCUUUCUUUCUUUCUUUCUUUCUUUCUUUCUUUCUUUCUUUCUUUCUUUCUAUCUUUCUUUCUUUCUUUCUCUCUCUCUCUCUCUCUCUCUCUCUCUCUCUCUCUCUCUCUCUUUUUCUUUCUUUCUUUCUUUCUUUCUUUCUUUCUAUCUUUCUCUCUCUCUCUCUCUCUCUCUCUCUCUCUCUCUCUCUCUCUCUCUCUCUCUCUUUUCUUUCUUUCUUUCUUUCUUUCUUUCUUUCUUUCUUUCUUUCUUUCUUUCUUUCUCUCUCUCUCUCUCUCUCUCUCUCUCUCUCUCUCUCUCUCUUUUUCUUUCUUUCUUUCUCUUUCUUUCUUUCUUUCUUUCUUUCUUUCUUUCUUUCUUUCUUUCUUUCUAUGAUUUGGUGCGGUGAGUGUACACGACUGCCAUGUGAUUGUUGUUUUGUUAUUUUCUUGUCGUUUAGACUUUAUUAGCACAUUUUGGUGAACAGUUGGCGCUUGCAUUUUCUGUUCAAUAAAGAAUUUGAAAAAGU